AUGAAUCAUGAUUCAGCGGUAACGAUCUUGGACUUUGGAGUCGUAAUUAGGGCUACAGAGAUCCUUCAUGAACCAACUGGCACAGAUGGUUGGAUGGCACCGGAGAUGGAGGAGUUCAAGGGGACUGAGAAGAUUGGCCUAAAGGCUGCAGACAUAUGGUCCAUUGGGAAGGUCUUAAUUUUGAUGGCCCGUAGCCAGUGUUCCUUUGAUGAAGAGCAGAGGAAGUUGGCCUUGAUACUUGCGAGGAGGAUGACGUCCCCAGAUCCAGACAGUCGGCUAUCUCUGGCCGAAGCACUCUGUUUCAUGCCAGUAGUUUAG